AUGGGAUCGUCUCAGUCACAUCCAAUUUUUUUGGCUCUUCAGGAGCUGCUUUUAGCUAAGAAUUUGAAAAUUAAAAAGUCAACCUUAGAGAGAUUUUUGAGUGAAUGUGACACCGUGGCUCCAUGGUUUGCGGUGUCCAGAAACCUUAUGGUGUCCUGCUGGGAUAAACUCGGCAGGGACCUAGAUUUUGCCUGGGAACAGGGUACCUUGAAGCAUGGAGUAAGACCGGUCUGGAAAUUGGUAAGAAGUUGUUUAGAAGAUCAGCGAUGCUGUAAAGCAAUAAAAGAGGGAGAGUCAGCCCUAGAAUUGCUGCAGGAGGAAAGAUCUGAGAAGGCAGAAAGUGAUAAGGAAGGAAAAAAGAAGGCCCCUCUUUAUCCUGACCUAAAAAUUUUUGAAGAUUCAGAGGACACAGACUCUGAAGGGGAGCUACAUGCUCUGAUAGAACAAUUGGAGAGAACUGCUGUGAGGAAAAGGGGGAAGAAAAGGGAAAAGGACAAAGCCCCGUUGGCAGCCGUCGGUAUAAGAGAAACCGCUGCUGUGCCACCAUCUUGUUCAACUCCCCCUCCAUACCCGGAAGCCAUUCAGAUGGCUCCCUCGGCUCAGCCUGUUCAGCCAUCGAAUGGGACAGGUAUGAGGAACCGCUUGACUUUAAUCAAAUCCCUUGCGGAGUCGGUUCGUACCUAUGGCAUCACCGCCUCCUUCGCAUUGGCUCAAGUAGAAACAUUAGGCAGACAUUGCAUGACGCCAAGUGACUGGAGUGGUUUGGCUCGUGCUUGUUUAAGUCCAGGACAAUAUCCUGAUUGGAGAGCUUUCUUGAUUGAGUAUGCCGCCGAGCAAGCAGCCACUAAUCUGAGAAAUGGAAUUCCAGCCUGGGACAAAGACAUGCUGCUUGGUCAGGGGAGAUUUGCCAAUCAGCAGUUAGGAUACCCCAAUCAGGUUUAUGACCAAAUAAAUCAGAUAGCUAUCAAGGCAUGGAAAUCCCUUCCUAACAAAGGGGAAGUGAGUGGGAACUUAACCAAGAUUCUACAGGGCCCCAUGGAACCAUUUUCAGACUUUGUGGCACGAUUGGUGGAAGCGGCAGGGAAAAUUUUUGGCAACCCGGAUGCUGCUAUGCCACUGAUAAAGCAGUUGGCCUAUGAGCAGUGCACCAAAGAGUGUAGAGCCGCUAUCACCCCUUAUAAGAACAAAGGUAUAGAAGCCUGGAUGAAAAUGUGUAGAGAACUUGGGGGACCAUUAACCAAUGCUGACCUUGCUGCCGCGGUAGUACAGUUGACUAGAAAAGGAGGAGGAAGUCCAGGAGCUUGUUUCAAGUGCAGAAGAAUGGGACACCUUAAAAGGCAGUGCCCUGAAAGAGGAAGUACAGAAAGUUCAGGAAGUGGACAAUGCCCCAGGCAGCCAGGGUUAUGCCCAAGAUGUAAAAAAGGAAGCCAUUGGGCUAACGAAUGCCGCUUUGUAAAAGACAUCAAUGGCCAGCCCUUGACUCAAGGCUAUGGUGGUACUCAUCCAAAAAAUGGACAGCGGGGCCCACGACCCCAGGGCCUGCAAAUAUAUGGGGCAGUAGAGAGUCAGGACAAAGAACAGAGUCAGGAGAGAUGGCCAACAUUUCGCCAUCUGAAAGACCACGGAGAGCCACUGUGGGCUCAGCAGGAUUUGACCUCUGCUCCACCACCAGACUCGUAUUAA